AUGUACGGCGACGACCAUAACGCCAGUUGGGACACCAUGCCCGAAGUGGACGGCCUGAAUAUCAACGAAAGAGACGACGUGCUUGUUGUCGGAAUCGACUUUGGGACAACGUUCUCCGGCGUCGCUUACGCAACCAGGAGCGAGCUCCAGGACAACCAUAUCAGCCUCGUCACAGAAUGGCCAGCAUGCGGCAAUGAGGAGGGCAAGGCUCCCACGGAACUAUUCUACGAGCACGGCGACAUAUCAUGGGGCUACGACGUCCCCGGGGACGCGGACCCGGUUCGCUGGUUUAAGCUCCUCCUCUUGAAGAACGAAGACGUGCAAGAAGAAGUACGGUCAUCGGAGUUCUAUCUGCGCGCAAAGGAGAAGCUCCGUAUUGAGGGGAGACGGCCGGUCGAGUUAGUCGCCGAUUACCUGCGCCUCCUGUGGGAACAUACCCAGCAGAUGAUUGAGAAGUCCCGCGGGCCCGGAUCCCUGGACAGUUUGCGGUUCCAUAUUGUCAUUACCGUGCCUGCUAUCUGGAAGGGAUAUGCGCGACAGAGCAUGGAAGAGGCCGCGCAGUUGGCCGGUCUGUUGGCCCCGCGACCGAUCGGGAAGACGCGACUGAGCUUCGUGCUUGAGCCCGAGGCUGCGGGCAUGGCUACGCUUGUUGAGCCAGAGAAUAAGAGGCUGGCCCAGCCUGGGGACGUCUGGCUUAUUUGUGACGCAGGAGGUGGAACCGUGGACCUGAUCAGCUAUGAGAUAUCCAGCACUAAUCCAAUUACAAUGAAAGAGGCCGUUGAGGGUACAGGGGGCUUAUGUGGGGGCGUACUCAUCGAUGAUGCCUUUCAGGGACUGUGCAGAAAACGACUGGGCAGGCGCUGGACUCUUCUCAGUGCCAACGGGAUUAAGGAGAUACUGACAGAUAAGUGGGAAAGGGGAUAUAAGCGCCAGUUCUAUCCCAAGGAUGAUCCAGACCAGGAAUACCCUGUGCCCAUUCCAGCAGAGGCAUUUGACAAGACAGGCUCCGACGAUAUGUCUCAGCCUCCUUAUAUCAAGAAAGGCCGUAUUCAUUUCCGAGAAUCGGAUAUCGCCACUGCCUACACGGAGUCGUUCUCACGCAUUGACGCUCUUGUCGAUGAGCAGAUCCAACGGGUUCAGCAGACGAAUCGCAAAGUCAAGGGCAUCAUCCUUGUUGGUGGCCUAGGUUCCAGCCCCUACCUCUACCGGCACCUGAAGGAGAGGCACGCAAAAGCAGGAACUCUGGUCCUCCAGUCAGCUGGAAUGAAGCCACGAACUGCCAUCUGCCGUGGUGCCGUUUACAAGGGCUUCCUCGAAGACCAGCUCAUGGGUGCAGAGAGCGACGACGCCGAUUGGGAGACCAUGAAAAUCGCCCGGAUCAAUGCCUCAGCUCCAAUCCGUGUCACAUCGACCAUCUCGCGCUAUAGCCUGGGAACGCCAUAUUAUAAGAUGUUCGACCCCGCCAAGGACGACAAGAACGAUCCAUACUAUGACUGGGAGUCUGAUGAAGGUGACUAUGUGAUCAGACACCAGAUUGCAUGGUACAUUAUCAAGGGCGAUGAUGUAUCGACAAUCGACCCGGUGAGGCACAGGUGGAAUGUCAAGUUACCCAAAGACACCAAGGGGAAAUUGGCCACGGAUCUCGUUCAGUGCGACAGCAGCCAUCCCCCUGACCGGCGGGACGACACGGUCAAGAAUCUAUGUGAGCUCAAGUGUACUCUCGUGGACAAGUCAGCACUCAAGAACUUUACGACCGCUGACGGGAAGAAACGGCUGAAGUCGCUGGACUUUGAUCUGGAGAUGGUCCCAUCGGGGGCAUCUAUGGAUUUUGUUUUCUACGUCAAUGAUCGCAAGCAGGGUUCGAGUAAUGUCACGACCGAGUAUGAAUAG